GCGGGGAGCGGGAGCCGGAGCCUCGCCGGGCCCCCGCGCAUGGCGGGGGGGGGCCCGCCCCGGACAUGCCCCUCUCUCCGCUCGGCUUCGCUCUCCUCCUGCUGCUGGCGGCCGCGGGAAGGUCCCUCCCCGUCAGGCCGAGUUCAGAUGGGUCCCUCUCUGGGGUUAUGCAGAAGUGGAAGGAGUAUCAGCUCCAAUGCCUGAAAUACUUAUAUGAGGCACCUCCUAUUGUGACAGAAGGCAAGUUCUGCAACAGAACAUUUGACAACUAUGCCUGCUGGCCAGAUGGACUGCCCGGCACCUAUGUGAAUGUCAGCUGUCCCUGGUAUCUCCCCUGGGCUAACACAGUGCUGCAUGGGCAGGUGUACCGCUUUUGCACCCCAGAGGGGACGUGGCUACUGAAGGAGAAUUCAACGCUGCCCUGGAGGAACCUGUCUGAGUGUGAGGCCUCUGACCAGGAUGCACCAGAAGAACAGCUCCUGAAUUUGUCCAUCAUAUACACCAUCGGAUAUGCUCUUUCCUUCUCUGCCCUUGUAAUAGCAACUGCCAUUCUUCUUGGAUUCAGACAUCUACAUUGCACGAGGAAUUAUAUUCACCUGAACCUCUUCACCUCUUUUAUCCUCCGGGCUAUAUCAGUCUUCAUUAAAGACUCAGUGGUGAAAUGGAUGUACAGCACAGCCACACAAGAGCACCAGUGGGAAGGGCUUAUCUCCUUCCAGGAAUCACUCAGCUGCCGCUUGGUCUUUGUGAUGAUGCAGUAUUGUGUGGCUGCAAACUACUACUGGUUGCUGGUGGAAGGCAUGUACCUGUACACGCUGCUGGUACUUUCAGUCUUUUCUGAGCAGAGGAUUUUUCGUCUUUAUCUCUGCAUUGGCUGGGGUGUGCCAAUGCUGUUUGUUAUCCUCUGGGGAACUGUCAAGUACCUUUAUGAAGAUGAGGGUUGCUGGACCAGAAACUAUAACAUGAAUUACUGGUUAAUCAUCAGACUGCCCAUUCUCAUCGCCAUUGGGGUAAAUUUCCUGAUCUUUAUCAGAGUUAUAUGCAUCAUCAUCUCCAAACUACAGGCUAAUUUGAUGUGCAAAACUGACAUAAAAUGCAGGCUGGCCAAGUCUACGCUGACUCUCAUCCCGCUGCUGGGGACCCAUGAGGUCAUCUUUGCCUUUAUCACUGAUGAGCAUGCCAGAGGGAUGCUGCGCUUUGUGAAGCUUUUUACCGAACUCUCCUUCGCUUCUUUCCAGGGGCUGAUGGUUGCAAUUCUCUACUGUUUCAUCAAUAAUGAGGUGCAGAUGGAGUUUCGGAAAAGCUGGGAGCGCUGGAGAUUGGAACAUUUGUAUGUCCAGAGGGACAGCAGUAUGAAACCUCUUAAGUGUCCGGCCAACAGCAUCAGUAGUGGAGGCACGGUAGGCAGUAGUGUCUACGCUGCCACUUGCCAGGCCACAUUCAGCUAGGAUUUCUGCAGGUGAAUCGGACUGAGAACAAUUAACUGUGUAAUAUACCUGAAAACCCUUAAAUACCCAAGCAAGUGGCUUAAGUAUGCCAUCUCCAGCAAGAAACUUAAGCAUAUGCUGCUCAUUGCCUGCAGGCUAUUGGAUAAAGGUUUCCAGAGAAAGCAAUCUGCUAAUGUAAUCAACACAUCAGAGAAAAAAAUUAUCACGUCUAAAGUAAGUUAAAAGAGUUUCUUCCUAUUUGUACACAAGGCCUCCAGGUGUCCGAAACUUAGCAUAGCAUUGAUCCAGUCUGAAACCACAGGGUCAAUGGCUCAUUACUGUUGAGUGGGCAAGGUGAGUGAUCAACUGAUUAAAUUACAAGGAUACAGAAUAUGAUUACUGCCAAAAAAUACAUUUAGACUUACAUGGGGAUGGGGUAAGGUGCUAUCACUAGUUUUAGAAAAAUAGAACUUAGUGGGAUGCAACUCGCAUUUUAGGGAAGAAUCAGUUUUGUAGCAAGAGCUUCCCAAAGCUAAAGUUGAAAACAGUGCUUACCUGUUUCCUGAGUGGAUGCAGAACAGCAUCCUGAAGGGUCUACCAAUACAGCAGGUAGCGUGGUGUACGUAUCUGAAUGCUCUUUUUAAGCUUUACUUGAAAACAAACAAACAAAACCAUUAUGUGGUAGGGGCCUCUUCUGCUAUUAAUAGGUGUGUUAUCUCUGUUGACAAGGAUGGAAGUAUCCCCUGAAUGCACAGCCCUUACGUUUUUAUACAGUACUCUGCCGCUCCAGUUGGCUCGCAGGUGUUAACAGGGAUGGGGUGAUGACUUGUGCUUCAAGAGCACAUUUUCUUCCUGAGCUAUACUCUGCCCCGUGGGGGUGCAAACACACAGAAGUCAGCCUGUGGCCACAGCUGCUCUAAGGAGACGUCACCUACUUGGAGAAGAGUGGGCAGCGUGCAGCGUGGGCUCCCUUUAGCUUCUCUUCCAGGCAGGCAGGAGGAACCGCCCGGCGCGGCCCCCGCGGGAGGGUGGCAGGUUCAGCAUGUUGGACAGCGCCCGGCUGCUGCGCUGCCUUCCUCCUCCUCCUCCUCCUCAGCCUGCCCGCCACCAGCGGGAUUCAAAACAUCCCCUCCUCCCCCCUCAAAAACCCCCACUAUCCUAAACUCAAUGGGCUUCUGUCUGUUUAAAACUGCGAGGGCUGUCGCGGUGAAUGCAUCCACCCUGCUCGUUACCUUGCCCUCCCCGAGGUUUACAAGCGUUGCUGGGGACACAGAGGUACCUUUGCAAGCAGGACGUGAUCCAUUGCAUCACUUAAUAACAAGCUUUACAUGUCUUUACUCAGCGGGUAUUUGUGCUCCCUUUACAACAAAGAGGCAAGGUGCCAAAGACUAGCUCUGCCAAUAUCCCUGUCCGUAGACUUCUUGUAGUAAGUAACUUCCAUGGUAUAGCAGACAGACUACUCAGCAGGUUUAAAAAUACAACCAACCAACCAAUUUUCAAGUCUCUCCUUGCACUUGCAUUCAUAGCUGCCAUUGCCAGGAAAGUGGACUGGAUAUUCUGGGAUGUAAUUCAGCAUCUUUCCUGCCUGAAGCUAGAUUGCUUUGCAUGGGAUUAUUCAAUCACUGUGUUAGAAUCCAAAUUGCCAACAAGGUGGAUUAGUUUUGCAAUCAUCAGGUUGGAAUUGAAUUAGAGAAGAUGUGUUACCUUCUGCUAUAAUGCUUGUAAUUGAGCUCCAGGGGGAGAAGUCAGACUUAUCUGUAGAAAUCCACCACAGUGCUCAGGCUGGCUCAUGUACGUUUAGCACACUGGCUUCUACGCGGGCCACUUCCAGACCUCCCCCUUCUGACAUCUGUUGCAGAGCUGACCUUGGAAUGAAGCACCUCAGGUUCUCCUGUAAAUUUAAUAACUAGCUUCUAUCCUGUGUGACCAUCAAUACAAUACCCGACUACUACACGUGUAUGUUAACUGCCGCCCUCCUACAAUGUAAUUAGCUUCCUGUACGUAGAGUAUGCUUGAUGUAUCUAACAUCUACCCUGAAGUGCUUUGAAUAGGAAAAGACUGAUAAAGUCAGUUACUGGUAGGUGAAAAGGCAGCAUGACAACAGAUGAAAUUUACAGCUGUAUGCUAAUGCACACUGGAGGGAAUAAUUUCACUCAUGAAUAUUCAAGAGUGUGUGCUAGUGUGCCGGGGCCCUGCUUAGCUGUGUGCAAACCUGGAAAAAACAACAGUUUCUGCUACUUGCAUAGCUGUUAGCAAGAUGAUAGUUUUGCUGUGCAAAGGAAGUUACAGAAGUGUUUUAACUCACUAUUAUGCUGAGAAAAAAAAAAGUAGGUGUUAACAAAGAAAAGAGGACAGACAUCGGAAGAGUAUUGACAUGUGUGGUAACAAACCUGUACUUAGUUGCUGUCACAAGAUUUUUUUCAAGUCUGACAUGCCUUUGAGUUACUAGGCUCUUCUUGUCCCUCUGAUUCACUUAAGAGGCUCUGGGCCCACACAAAUAGCUCCAGCACCAGAUGUCAAACAUACCUUUGUAACCUCUGCCUUGUUAGAAUCCAAGAGAAAAAUGAGAUGAUAAAGUGAGAUAUUAGCCAAGCAGAGGGUUAUGGCGGAAUGUGGGGGGCGGGGGUUUCCCCUCUUACUAAGCUCUCACUUCUUCAAACCUGUUUAAAUCCCCUCUUAAGUACUGAGGGAAUGACUCCGUGGAAAUAACUGCCACCAAAGCAGAAUUACAGUACUCUUUCAGCAAGGCCUAAACACCAAUUUCUCCAUCAUACUUUAUCUACUUCAGUAAAACCUUUUACAAGCCUUUGUUGUUAUUCAUGCCAUCUCUAUUUCAGAAUUUAUAACAUGCAUUUAUUUGAGUAGCAAGAAAUAAGCAAAGCGACACAAAGCACUGGAACAGAUGAACUGUAUGAAUUUUUAUUCUGCCUUUCAGCUUCAUGCUCACUUACUGUGGUAACUUGUUUCAUGAAGCAUUAACUAGAAGAGUCUAUAGAUUCACCUGGACAUAAUGUAACUAGAGUUUAUGGCAAAUGAAAAUUUUAUUUCUAGCAUUGCUGCUAUAAAGUUUUAUAAUUUCAUGGAUGUUACCUUAUAUUUAAUAUUUAUUUGCAUGUAUUUCCUUGUUUUAAAACACACCAACAGAAUUUAACUGUGCAAGAUGUCAGAUUACCAGUUCCCCUUAAACAUUACACUUAAUUUUUAUCCUUGUGAAUAAAGUUUCAACUCACAAAAUUCUGUCGCUUACUGGUGUAUUUACUUUAAGUAGCACCUGACUACCUCUUACCCUGAAGUUAGAAGAACACUUUCUAAAAACAGUCCAGUUCAUGGAAACACAGCUUUAUCUUUUCAAUUCUAUGCCUACUACAAAAAGUCCUUUGAACCUGCAGAGGCUGUUAAUCAAAACCAAAAGGCAGCAUGUUAUUUGUACAGACUCUGAAGGAAUCAGUAAGAAUUGUGAGAACUUGGAGGGGUUUUAGCAGAGGAUCGUGGAAUAUGUGCAAAUCCAAAAAUUCUGUGCUAGGCUUUAAAUAGCAGCAUUUGAAAUUUAUACAAGCAAGUGCUGUGGAGAGCUAUUGAGAGAUGCUUAGCAGUGUUAAACAUAUUACUUGUGCUUUAAUCUAUCUUCUUUCCAGUCCAAUUAAAUUCAUUAAAUGACACUUCCUUUUGUUUCCCCAGCCAAUGACAGAACAAUGGGGUAAGUCAAGCCUGAACCACUGUGUGUAACUUAAAUUAGAAAAGGCAGAAAGAACCAGGAUUUGAAACACCAAGUUGUGACUUCUCAACUUAUUCCUCAGCUCCAUCAGCUGCUCUUCACUAUGACUUAAUGAUUUGUUUUAAUGCAAUGAUCUAGAUACCAAAAAUACCAGGGGAUCGUAUAAGAAGUACACCUGACAGUCUGUGGGAUGAAGCAUCAUUAGUUGUGCUGUGGUAAAAGGACUGAAUCCUUUUUGACAGGGCAAAUCCCUGUCCCAUCUGAGGGCCUUUUACGUUUCCACAUCUGUUGCAAACUCACCUCAGAUGUUUUCAAAAUGAUGGUUAAAGAAAGACAUGUAUUACCUGCCAGGAAUAACAGUAAGUCUUUCUUGGUUACUUUACAAAUGGUGAAAGCUGUAAUAUGAAGCAAAUGGGGAACUUGCAUUGAAAACUGAUGUUUGUGUUAGAUGAAAGACGUGUGUUUUAGGUACACCGAUAGUGCCUCGUGUCUUUUCUUCAGAGAGAGGAUUCUGGCCAGUGCUGGGAAGAAAAGUAGCUGGCCAUUUCGCUAAAGGUGUCAUCAAACCCCAGCCUUCCCGUUACCAGCGGCACAGGCCCUCAGGAGCUGGCACUCACCGGCUGACACGCUGCCGCCGGGCGAAAGCGGGAGCGGCUGCAACAGCAGCACAAGCAGCUGCCCGGUCCCCCAGGAAACCAGACCAGAGCCCACGCUUUGCUACGGCUUUAUUGGCGACCGGACCGUGCCUGGGGAAACCGGAGCAGGAGUAAGGCGCCGGUGGCGUUUUGCAUAGAAAUAACCCCCUUCCAGCCCCUCCUGGGGUCCGUGGUACGAGGCGCGGGGGUAGCGGGGGCUGCCCCCGCCGCCGGGCCGGCCGCUA